AUGAUAGUCGCCUCUUUUGGUCAAAAAUUGUACAUCCUUGUCAAGAAAAAUAUAGCUGAUGAGCCCACACCUAUUUCCAUGCAGUCAACUCAACAAAAAAAGUGUUUUGUACCUUGUAAUUUAGAAAUGGUUCGUCGGGGAGGCGUUAUUCUUCUUUGCGAUUAUGUUUGUGAGAAUCCUACUGAUGUAGUACAAAUGACUUGGCUUAUAGUACAUCAUGUGAAUGACAUUAUUGACUUAUCCAUGGAAACAACAGUUCAGGACUUUAUAAGUUCUAUUCAUCGAAAUCCUGCUGCAAGUGGGCUUUGGAUUCAAGCUAUAAUAAAUGCUCAUCAUAGGGAUUUAGCAAAGCCGAGUUUUUGGAAACGAGCUUUGCAGUGCUUGCAAAAUAUACAUUUGACACAAUCUGGGAAACUGUUGAACCUCUUAGUAGAUAAUUUUCUUACGUCUCAUCACCUUCUUGUGGCCAAUAUUUGUGACAGACUUGCUUGUAAAAGGCUAGAAAUCUUACUGUCCGAGCCUGCUGCUAAACAACUUUCUGUUCAAGAUAUUGACAAGUUGGUCAAAACUAUGGAAUCUUCUGGCAUCAGCAAAAGGUAUUUCUAAGUAAAU